UGGUUCAUAACAUAUUUUUUGGUCCCUUUCAGAUCACAGCCAUGUGUGGGCGUCAGGCUUGUAAGAGACAUGAAUUAUAUGUGAGAUUCAGUGAACAAGGCUGGAAGGACUGGGUAUUGGCUCCUACGGGUUACUCUGCCUUCUACUGUGAUGGAGAAUGCCUCUACCCUCUGUGUUCCUGCAUGAACUCCACCACCCACACUAUGAUCCAACUAGUGGUUCAACUUCUGAAGCCAGAUGAGGGUCCCAAAGCGUGCUGCGCACCCAUCUCUGUACUCUUCUACGCUGACAACAACAACGUGAUCCUAAAGAAGCAUCGCAACAUGGUGGUCAAGACCUGUGAUGCCUGUGACACCAGUGGUAGCCCAUCUAUCUAUUCUACUUAAUUUUAAUCAACUUAAUUGCCAUUGUUCCAAAAGAUACAAACAGGGUAAAAUAACUUGCAACCAGCAGUUGAUAGCAAUAAUCUGUCAAUAUGCUGAUAAAUAGUAUGUAUCUAAUAUAUUGAUUUUGAGUCUGAGAGUGGUAUAUGAACAACACCCA